GGCGGCCGCAGUCAGUUCUGUACGGUCGUUGGUCGCGUGCGGUACUGUGAUACUUUUGCUCUCACGGUUGACGUAUUAAUUCUUUUUCACGAAAAAAAUAACAUCGCGCUCACGCUGUGAUUCGUUUCGUUAAUCAUUAUUACUGUUAACUACUUACCGAAUGAACGAUAAAACUGUGUUAAAUCACGCGAAAUGAUGGGUUCUACAAUUUUUGCCGCUGCAGUUACCCCGAAAGUUUAUUACGAUUUACCUGUACGGUUCACGUGAUCUUCGGAAAUCACGAUGUUGUGCGCGGCAGCUGUGGCGGUCGUACUCGCGGUACUCCGGAUUACCGGCGGCCAGGUGCAUCAGUCGCAGAACGAAGAUCCGGUGCAACGGUACGAAGAUGUACAGCGGCAGAUGAACGGCGGCGGGGACGGCGAAUGGAAGUGUCCGGAAGUGCGGAACGUGUCGUGCGCUUGCGAUCUGCCGCACACGUUACGCUGCACCGGCGGCAAAUCGACAUUCGAGACCGUGGCCAAGGCGCUCAGGCAUCUGUCCGGCACGUCGUCCAUAUCGCUUCUGGACUGUACCGUGCAGAACGUGGGCUCGCUUCCGGCCAGGAUGCUCGACGGCGUCUCGCUGCACGGGCUGGUCGUGUCGUCCGGCGAGAUCAAGUCCGUAUCGGACGCCGCGUUCGACGGGCUCGGAUCUCCGCUCCAAGCGCUCGGCUUGCCAAACAAUCAGCUCGAGCGGGUCCCCAGCUCGGCGCUGGCCAUGCUUAGCGGACUCGAGCGGUUAGAUCUGUCCCACAACCGUUUGCACACCAUUCACAACAAUUCGUUCAAGGGAUCGCCGAAUUUGACGUUUUUGGAUUUGAGCAACAAUUCUAUUCAUUUCAUCAGCCCAGAUGCAUUUGUUAAUCUGCCGUUUUUAAAAGUGCUUCGACUCCAAAACAAUCUACUUACGUCAGCUUCAACUUCCCAUCUUCAAGGGCUCCGGUCGUUGGUCGAAUUAGACCUCAGUUCUAACCUGUUGGCCGGACAAUUGGGACCUAGCACGUUGCCUAGGUUGCCGAACUUACAGAUCAUAUCGCUGGCGCAUAAUCAGCUCAACAGCGUUAGACGUGGAUCAUUUGCUGGACUUGAGGGCAUCGUGUCAUUGACGCUUAAUCAUAAUCAGAUCGACGUACUCGAAGAUCACGGUUUCAGAGCGGUGCCUACUUUGUCCCAUUUAGACUUGGCCAACAACCGCAUCGUGGCGGUAUCCAGUGCUUCACUCGCUCAUCUGACCAAACUCAAAACGCUCGAUUUGUCACACAACUUCCUGAGAAGUUUGACGUCUGAUCUCAUCGUUCCACUAAAGAGCAUUCAAGUUAUAAAGCUCGACGAUAAUGACAUAUCAAUCGUGGCCGAAGGCGCACUGAACACUGGAAAUCACAUAACGAGCAUUUCUUUAUCAGACAACCCGUUGAACUGCGACUGCAGUCUAUUGUAUUUCGCCGGUUGGCUGUCCAAUCACAGCGCCACUCACGCGGCCGGCGACACGGCCGUGUGUGCUACACCACCGUCGCUGGAGAACGGUCUGCUACAGGAUCUGCCCGUAUCCAAGCUGACAUGUGGUGGCGAGGACAGCGUACCACCGCCCGAAGGACCCCUCGCUUCGAUGCAGCCGUAUACGGGUACGAAAAUCUCGCUGCGCUCCUACCAGUUCGACGGCAGCCGGAUCAGCCUGGGUUGGACCGUCGUUGCGCCGGUCAUAUCGUACUACUGCAACGCUCUAGUCAUCUACGAGGACGUCGGCAACCACGAAGUAUUGCUCGACUCGAAACCGGUCAGGUGCAAUUCGUCCCAGCUGCCCGACGCCAAGAGCUUGACACUGUCGCUAUCGGCUAACGAGCUACAGCCGACGCACAGUUACAGGUAUUGCGUGGUACUGAUAGAGGGAUACGCGACCGACAAAUCGGACGAAUCGGCCAUGGUGCUGGGCUGCAGCGACAUCAUACCACUGGUACCGAACGCGAAUCAAGCAGUGCAACCCAACAAGGCAACGGGGGCCCCGGACCCGGUCGACAUCCAAAAUCUGACCACGUCGUUCGUGCCACCGUCGUCGCUGUUCGUGGCCGUACACCUGUCGGCCGUGCGACCGGACGCCGGCAAGUGCACGAUAACGGUGUCGGUGUACACGAUGGGCAGGCCCCUGGCCCACCACCGGUUGAACUGCACGGCGCCCUGGACCACGGUCGCGGAUCUGCCGGCCGAGCGGUCGUACCAGGUGUGCGCUAGCAUCGGUUCAAAGUUCCCCAAGGACGACGAGGAGACCAUGGUGUGCACGUCGGUGGACGGCGGCGCGGGCGGCAUCGGAACCGCCGGCGGCGUUGGCCCGGCCGACUGGUUGUUCGCGGCGCUGGGCGCCAAAAGUUACGCGUUCCUGUUGUCGGCCACUUUUACGGCCGUCGUGUUUCUGUUCGUGUUGCUGGCGUACAGGACUGCGUGCCGGGCGUGCAGCAACAAGAAACCGACCGGCCGGUCGAACGCCGUCCAAACGCACCAGUGCUUUUUGCCAGUGCCGCCGCCCGACAACGGCGCCAACCGGCCCAGGUACGUGAAACUCCAGGCCACCACCGUCCUGUAACAAGCGGUGCGGAUCGUCGCCGAACCGCUCGGAACUUACGCGUAUUCCCGAAUUCCGCGGGAUAUCGCUGUAAACGUAUAACGUACUUAGUUUUUAAGUUUUUGUUUUUGUUUUUGUCGAACCGCACAAGUCGGCCGAGGAGUUAUUAUUAUAUGAUAUUAUUAUUUAACUGUAUAGGUUUAUCAGCUAUAUUCAACGUGCCAUAUUGUGAAUGUUAACCGAAACCUUUUGAGUUUUGACGAAUUCGCCACAUCAUUAAAUAUAAUAAUAAUAUGCCCGUUGACGUUUACGAUCGAUAAUGUAUUAAAAAUUUAAAUCGUAUCACGCAGUAAUUUUUUCGUGUUGUUUUUGACUGGAUUUUUCGACGAAAUUUUUAAAUCACUCCGUCGAAACAACUUUGAUUGUCAGAUAGGAUGAUAAACGUCGACACUCUUGUUAAUAGGCGCUACUGUAUUAUGUAGGGAAAUACUACCCUUCCACUAACUCUACGGUUUCAAAAUUAAUGUUUUUUUUGUAAGUUUGGGAGUUAAGUGCGGGCCGCAGGGUCUAGUCCUCGUAUUUUUAUUGCGUCCCUAGUUGCGUCUACGGAAAAACUAUAUUUAUACACGUUUUAUCAUAUUAUUUCAAUCAUUUUUAUGUCUAUCGAGUUUAAUCCGAGGUGUCGUUAGACGUUCAAAAUUAAUGUUUUUGUAAACAUUUCUCGAUACCACUGACCCUGAUUCGACAACACAUUUAUUUUUUAAGGAAACGUUGUAGGUACGUUAUUAUAUUUUCAUCGUCUAUCGUGCUCUAUUUAAUGAAGAUGCAGGUUUAAUCUGAAAGAAAACUCAACACCCCGAACUUAAGUUCACAAAUGUAUUUUAGGUAGGUAGGUAUUACAAUAUAAGACUGAAAUUUAAUUUAACACUAUUUAACAAUGUUUACUAACAAAAUGUUAAAAAUGUAUUUUAAUAAGCUUAUGGUAUUUAUUAUUAUUUUUAAUCGAUAUUGUAUCAAUAUUUUAUUUAAGUUCAUCUUAAUUUAAUUACAGUAGGUACAUGCCUUCUAUUUCUUUAAAGUUACAUUCUGUACUUUUAUUUAUUUUUCAUACAUAACUUUUGUACAUCACUGUGUAGCAUAAUUUAACUUGUUUAAUUUUAAUAUUGUAUUGUAUAACUUGAUUUUAACACUAUUUUUAAUACCUAUAUUUAUGUACAAUAUAUAUAUAGUAAAAAAUAGUGUUUGAGUGGAAAGAAAGUCAUAUUGUGAUAAUAAACGAAUGAGUAAUGGUUAGUUGUAAAAAGUACUAACGAUUAUCAUCACUGUAAAUAAAUUUAAUAUUAUAAUAUUUAUAACUGUACAUAAUAUUGAACGAUUAUUGUUGGUUUGUACCUAAUCAUUUAAAUUUAUCAAUUGAAAAUAAAUCUAACCGUUUUUAAUCCUUUUGUAA